AUGGAGCACAACGCAGAACGUGAUGAGAUUGUCUCUCAAUUUUGCGCCAUGACGAGGACAAACCCCGAAGAGGCACAAGGUUAUCUGGCAGCCAACGAGUGGGACCUCGAAGCGGCAGUGACCGAAUUCUUCGCCGAACAAGAUGAAGUUUCAGAGGACGUUAGCACAGCUGGCGGUCGACGACUGGGGGACAAAUCAGAAUCCUCUGCAGGUAACGCGCUCGGUGGCAGCUCCUCGCACUCCCCCUCCACUACCCCGCAACCGUCGUCCCGCAAAUCGGCCCCGAAAAAGAAGUUCGCGACUCUGGGCGAUUUUGCGUCGGGUGGAGGUGAGUCUUCUGAGGAAGACGACCAGGAAAGCCAGGACUUAUUCGCAGGAGGUGAAAAGUCUGGCUUGGCCGUGCAAAACCCCGAUGAUAUCAAGAAGAAGAUCAUCGAAAAAGCGAAACGAAAUCAGCCCCGGCCGUCGGAGGAACCGACUAAAAGGUCCCAUUUCACCGGGGCCGCACGUACCCUUGGUGGUGACGAUGCUCCUAGCAGGGUAAUCGAAACCCCCAGCGCGCCGAGCGCGCAGCUGCCACGGCGCGUACACAGAACCCUCCACUUCUGGUCAGAUGGCUUUUCUGUCGAUGAUGGGCCGCUAUUCAACUCCGACGACCCCGUCAACCGCGACAUCCUCGAUGGUAUCCGCCAGGGUCGCGCUCCGCUCUCCAUCAUGAAUGUGCAGGCAGGCCAGGAGGUGGAUGUGGAGAUCAAACAGCAUGGAGAGAAAUACGUCAAGCCUAAGCCGAAGUACAAGCCUUUUGCGGGGGCUGGACAGCGACUCGGCAGUCCCACGCCCGGGGUGAAACCGCCCGCCGCCGCUGCCCCUACACCCAGUCAGUCCAGCGAGCCAGCCAAGCCGGACGUGGACGAGUCGCAGCCGACGGUGACUCUACAGAUUCGACUCGGUGAUGGCACCCGACUCACGUCCCGGUUCAACACUUCCCACACGAUCGGCGAUGUCUACCAAUUUGUGUCUGCCGCCAGCCCUAGUAGCCAGUCACGCGCGUGGACCCUGAUGACUACGUUCCCCAGCAAGGACCUUUCGGAUAAGAGCGCUGUGUUGGGUGACAUGGCAGAGUUUAAGCGCGGCGGAGUGGUGGUGCAGCGCACCAGAGAUAUAGACCGUCAAGAUGCCUCUCGACGGAGUCAAGAACGUCGUGCUGGCGGCGUCGGCAAAUCCUCCGUGACCCUUCAACUCGCCCUAUCCCUCACCCUCCAAGGCAAAUCAGUCGGUAUUCUGGACAUCGACCUCACCGGUCCCUCCAUCCCCCGUCUCGUCGGUCUCGAAGACGCCAAAAUCACCCAAGCCCCUGGCGGCUGGCUCCCCGUCCCCGUCCAUCCCUCCACCCCGCCUUCUUCCACCAGCGAUGAACCACAACCUCCCCGCGGCUCCCUCCGCUGCAUGUCCCUCGGAUUCCUUUUGCAAUCUCGCUCCGACGCCGUAAUCUGGCGCGGACCCAAGAAAACAGCCAUGAUCCGACAAUUCCUCUCCGAUGUGUUGUGGUCCGACACCGAUUACCUGCUUAUUGAUACGCCACCGGGCACGAGUGAUGAGCAUAUUGCUCUUGCGGAACAAUUGCUUACGCUUUGUACAUUGGAUACCUCCUCUUCGGGUCAAGGGCAGCAACCGAGAUUAGCUGGCGCGGUGUUAGUAACUACACCUCAGGCUGUGGCGACUAGUGAUGUUAGGAAAGAGGUGAACUUUUGUGUGAAGACGAGAAUUCCGAUGUUGGGCGUGGUGGAGAAUAUGUCGGGGUAUACGUGUUCGUGUUGUGGGGAGGUGACGAAUUUGUUUUCGAGUGGGGGUGGACAGGUCCUGGCGGAGGAAAUGGGAGUGAGGUUUUUGGGGAAGGUGCCGGUUGAUGUGGGAUUUGGGGAGUUGGUGGAGGGGAAGAUUGGGGGUGAGGAGGUGGGGGAUAGUGAUGAUGAGGAUGGGGAUGGGGAGAAGGAGAAGGGGGAGGAGGUGGUGGAUGAGAGACCGCUGGUGGAGAGGUAUAAAGAGUGUUGGUCGUGUAAGCGGUUUGAGGGCUUUGCGAAGACAUUGAUUGGGGAGAUUGAGGGGUCAGCGUAG